GGUGGUGGUUAAGAAGCCGGACGCGUGCGGACCCGGUCGGGCCGCAGGACACCGCGGGCGCCCACGGCGACGGUCCCGGGUGGCCAAUGGGCGGCUUCAGAACAGCGUCCUCCGUGGCACCCUCCGCUCCCCCACGCUCGUGUCCGAGCCUCUGAAAAGACUUAAAGAUGCAACAGAAAAAUGUCUGAUCGGGAAGAAGAAUUUGGUGCUCAGAAUGCUGUUACUGCGUCAGAAGAAAAUGAUGAUGCUUUUGAGACCAUCAAUGUUCCAAUUUCCUCGGAGGAGCUUCCAGAGUCAGGUCAAGCAGAAGGCAGUGAAUCUGAAGUCACACCAUCCAGUGAAGGCCACACGACACAUGUGAAAGAGGAAAAUGACCAGAGCUUCUUGAACGAGGAGCCAGAAGAUGAAGAACAAUUCAUGGAAGAAGUUUUGUUCCCCAAACGAGUUUCAUACUCUCGAAGAAAUUCUGUAAAGCACAAGUUCACUAAACAUGAUAAUGCAGUGCAGUCAGCCAAACAGUUUUCACAUGCUGGAUCUCUGGCAUUUCUGGAUAAGAUAAAGGCGAUAAAGGAAUCUCUGAAAGCAUCGAUGAAAGAUCCUUUAGCAACAGUAAAAGUUGUACUUUUUCCUAUGGGCCAGGAAAUUAUAAUGCCUUUUAAAAUAGACACCAUUGUAAAAUACCUCAAGGAUCAUUUUUCAUACCAAUUACUUAUUCCAUCCGAUACACUGCAGAUAAGAUAUGCAGGAAGGAUUCUUAAAAAUAAUGAGACUCUACUGCAAUAUGGAGUUAAGCCACAGGAUAUUGUACAGGUGGAAAUCUUUUCUACAGAUCCAGAUCUAUUUCCAAUCAAAAGAAUACAUGGAUUAACUGAUGCCUCUCAAAUCAUAACUGUCAAAGUACAAACUGGCAUUGCUCAGUACCAGGAGGUACCUGUUGAGAUUAUUAAAUCUGACUUUCACAAACCAUUUCUUGGUGGAUUCAGACAUAAAAUAACAGGAAUAGAAUAUCAUAAUGCUGGAACACAAACUGUACCUAAAAAGAUUCCUGAAAAAGACAAUGUAUUUUGUAGAGAUACCCAGACAGUUUUUCUGAGAAAAAAGCUCCAACAAACUACAAAUACAACAUCCACACAGAUGACUAAAAUUGGUGUGUAUGUAUCAAAUAUGACUGAUAAACUGGUGACACCAGGAAAAUAUUUUUCAGCAGCAGAAUACCAUGCUCAAAGAUUACAGGCGGUAAUAGUGUUACAGACUUACUAUAGACAAUGGCAUGCUAAAGUCGUAGUAAAGGAUUUAAAAAGACAGAAAAUGUUAAGGUUGAAGUGGGAAGCAGAGGAAGAACUAAGAAAGAUAAGAGAAAAAGAAGAAUGGAUUAAAUUGGACUAUUACCGGAGGCAUAAUCCUCAAACAAAAGAAGAUUUUGAAGUUCUUUAUAAUGCACUGGAACUCUGGAGGCAAGAAGAAUUUGCACGCAUUAACCAGUCUUUCACUGGAGCUGAAAGGAAAGCUGCUUUGUGUGAACUUCUGGAAAAAGAGACCCAGAUAAUUGCUUCCAUUGGGAGACAUAGAUAUAUUGCAAAUAUGGCAAACCGGGAAGCAUUGAUACAAACUUUUUUGGAUAAGUGUUCAGCUCCAAAGGUAUGGAGAACAUUUAGUGGCAAAAUAAUUGAGAUGGAUACACAGUUCACCAUCAGAGCCAGAGAGUUGCAGAACAUCUAUAAAUGCAUUAUGCUGAAAAAUAUCUCUCAAGAUGAAAGGCUGGAUGUACUACUAACGCUUAAACAUACAGUGAAGGAACAUGAAUGUAAACUGACUCAGGAAAUUCUAGAAUUGAUUGACAGAGAAGUUGACCUUAUGAUGAGAGGGGUCAAACAUCAUAAUCUUGAAGGACUCAGAAAAAGAAUUGCAACACUCUUUUUUCAUUAUAUCAAAACACCUCUGUUUAAUCCAGAAGUUGCAAGACAUCUUAAGGUCCCUCAAGACCCGCUGAUGUUUUCUAAGAAGGUGGACUUCUGCCGCAGCUGCCGGCUCUACCUGCCCCGCACAGAGUUCGCGGCCUCGGCCGGGCCCGGGCCUCCUCCCCACGGGCGCCCGUGUCGCCGCUGCUCUGCCCUGGGCCAGGAGGCCUGGCAGCGACAGUCCUUCCUGAAGCUCAAGUGCUUACUCCAGCGGCUGCACUCUGCAGAAGCCCAUUACGAAGAUGACCCCAAAAUUGCUUUCCUGAUGCAGCUACAAGACAUUCAGUACCUGGUAGAGAACAUCUGGGCUUCCCAGUCAGUGCUCAGCGCCGGGAAUGAUCUCAAUGAUCUGGUCCUGGUCAGGUGGGAUCGGUCUUUGGAAUGGUCCCCCUGGAACUGCAUUCUUCUUACCAAAGACGAAGGUGUUGCUCAUCUCAAGCUAACAAGUAUUGAGGAGGGAUAUGAACCCUUGUUUAUUCACAAGAUCAAACACAAACAUAUCCUGGCUAAGAACUACUUUUCUCACAUUCCAGUGCUGGCUUCAUUUAUACUUGAUGAUGGUGAAAUAGAUGAGAUCAGAAAAAAAUAUCACUCAGAAACAACUCCUAAGAUGAUAGUGGCCCAGAGGCCCAGUCCCUAGAAGAUCCGGGAGUAUUUGAUGAUCAGCAUUUUUAUCCACUGCUAACAGAGGAAUACAGAGGCUAUACAUUAUGGAAAUAGAAUUUUAUCUUUUAAUUGAUUUUAAUUGUUUUUUGUUUCUCAUGGUAUCAUAAGUGGUAUGAAGACAAAGCAUCCAUAUGUAAUGCUUUAUUGUUAGAUAAUUAGUGAAAAUUGAAAUACCGUUUUGUUCCUGAAUUAUAUUUUAAGGUAAAGAGAAUAUUUUAUUUUCCAUAUUUUCACAUUAAAAUUUUUAAAAAUUUCAAGUGCCCUAUAAAACCAGCAAACAAAAGCUGGUUUAGCUUUCGGCUCAAGUAAUUUAUUUUAGGUUAAAGGUAGUUAUAGAAGAAUAGUCAGUAUGUGGAUGAGAGGAAACAUAAAAUUUUCUUUUUUAUAAAAGCAAACAAAACCCAGCAAACAAAAGCUGGUUUAGCUUUUGGCUCAAGUAAUUUAUUUUAGGUUAAAGGUAGUUAUAGAAGAAUAGUCCGUAUGUGGAUGAGAGGAAACAUAAAAUUUUCUUUUUUAAAAAUCUAUACAGGUAGGAUAAAAGAUGCUAUGUUUUUUUUUUUUUAAGAUGCUAUGUUUUAAUAUAGCAAUUUGAAUCCUCACUUUUUAUUUUCUACUUUUACCUUCAAUCCUUCCUAAAAUCCUGGUAAAACAACUAGGGUUAUUUAUAAACAAACAAACAAAUGCAUUCUAUGCUGGAAAACAGGGUAAACAGUAGAAUUAUCUUCUAUCUUCUAGGAGGAAAAACUCUCAGUGGGGCAAUGAUGACAUUCUGUAGGAAGGAUAAACUUGGUUAGGCAUCACUGUAACAGUCCCUUUCCCCAAUAAGCUGAAGGAAUAACCUUGACCACAUGCAUGUCAGAGACCUACAGUGAUGAGCACAGUGUGUGAGUCCAUCUGAACAGGGAAUUGAUGGCACACUCAAAUUAGGAAAAUUCAAGAACAGUAUAUUUACAAAAGGACUUACUAUAAAGUGAGGACAGUGUUUAGGGAAACUAAAGGAAUAAUACAGCAACGCAGGGCCAAUAUGAGAUAAGCUGUUUCUACCCCUAGUCUCAAAUAAACCUGGGUGGGAGAGGUCUGAGAAUGCUCAGUGUAAGGGAGAUAACUGAGGAUCAGAAACCAACUGUCAAGGGAUAGUCAACCCUAGGUGGUCUCAUGAACUGGAGAAAUAAAUACUCUAAUUUUACACUUCUCCCUUCCUCCAGUCUCCUGCUUGCAUUUUCCAUUGAUAGAACCCAGAAGGAAAGUAGGAGAAAUAGAAUUCUGUUUUCAUAAUUCAUGCAGUUUCAGGGCAAAAAGUGGAGUAGACAGUGGUGAUAGUGGAUCUGGAUGGCUAAAUAGAAGAUAUUUUGCUAGAAAGAAAGAAUUUAAAGUGAAGCUCUAUAACUCAAGAGGUAGUAUUUCUCACCCACGCAACAUAAUUUGAGAGAGAGAGCGAGAGAGAGAGAGAGAGGGAGGUGAGGUAAUUUUUCUCCUAAUUCCAAUCAGUAAUUAAUGAGCUGUUCUCUUCAGUUUUGGGUUCAAGGAAUUCAAUCUCAGUACUAAUAUUGGUUCUAUAUCAAUAUUUGCCAGUAUUUCAACAACAUAUUUUCUAGGAUAUCUACAAUUAUUUUUUAUUUAGCAAAAGCAUGGCACUUGGUGGUUAUUUUUAAGGAAAUAAACAUAAAGGAGGGAAGUGGUAUGGUGCUGUUAUUUUCAGGUUUUCAUAGACAAUUUAGACCUUCUGGCACCCUAAUAAAUAGUAACUUACCAAUAGGGUUACAUUGGGGAGCAUUCCAAUCACUAAUAAACAGGUAACAAUUUAACACAGACAACAGUGGGUUUGCCCUGGAAUGUAAGUGAUUUUCACAAAACACUUUAGGAGAAUGUCCUUGGAGAAGGAAGAGCUGGGGAGGCAAGCUUCAAGGUAGAAAUAUUCAGAUAGGGACAAAUAAUGGUCUGUGAGAAUUCCUCUAUGUACCCUAGGGAUGAAGCAACUGACUAGAUAGCAUUUGCUCCUAGUAUGGAAGAUUGUGGAAUGCAGCUGAGGGGGGUGGACCAGCUAGAGCAACUGAAUUCACGUAUGGAAAGGUACCUUCAAGACUAGGAGAAUAACCACUAAGGGGCAAACAGCUCAACAGCACACAGACUUUCCCCCAUAUUCUGGGAAAUGCCUUUCAGUCCUUCUGGAACUACAGUUCUCAUUUUACACAACUAUCUAAAAAUCCACAGCAGAAGGGGCUAGAAGAUGUAUCUGGCUACAGGGACAUCAGUGGGGGAAAAGUCAGGUUGCUACUCACUAAAGUCCUAACUCUAGCAUACUGGUGAGCAACAGCUUGUUUAGCAGUUGGUUCUCCUGCCUCUGUAGUAUCCUCGUUCCUCGAGUUUAUAACCUGAUGACCAUACUUCCCUUGGCCCACUAACAAAUGAAGCUAUAGAAAGUGUUUCCAGGGCAGGCCCCGUGGCUCAGCAGUUUAGUGUCGCCUGCAGCCCAGGGCGUGAUCCUGGAGACCCGAGAUCGAGUCCCACGUUGGGCUCCCUGCAAGGAGGGAGCCUGCUUCUCCCUCUGCCUGUGUCUCUGUCUCUCUGUGUGUCUCUCAUGAAUAGAUAAGUAAAAUCUUUAAAAACAAAAACGUGUUUCCUUCUUUCAUCUUUAUGAGGACUGUAUUAUACAGAUAGACACCUAAGCAAUAUAUAUAAUAGGACAAAAUUUUAUAUCUUCAAAUUAUAAAAAUAAGCUGAUAAAUAGUUGAUAGAUGAUAGAGGUUCAGAAAUAAAAAAGGACCCUUCUGAGGAAUGAGAACAAAUAGUCAAUUAUCAAAUUUCUUGAUUCAUGUUAAGGAUAUUUGAUAGCACUUUUCAUCCUUUGGAAAAAAAUAAUACUGGGAAAAAUUGCUAUUAUACAAGAUAAACAAUUGCUAAACUACCAAAAGCAACACAUAGAUAGCAACAAACAGAGGAUUUGGGGCUUUAAAGAUGAUCCUAAUACAGAGAUUUGAUGGAUUAGCCCAGUAUUGCUCCCUGGAACUUAGAGGAAAAGGACAAAUUAAUGAAGUAGGUGACCAAAAAUGAUGUUUAAUAAUUUUAAUCUGUCUACACUAGAAAUAACAUGAGCCUGGAAUGGAGUAGAAAAGGAGAAACGAUUGUUAAAGAGAGAUUUAAAGCCAGUUUUCCUAAGCUAGAAAGAUAUAUAACAGUUGUGUAAAGAAUCUACCAAGUGCUGGGAAAUUGAUACAGAGACACACAUAGACACAAUUUCAUGCUAUUUCUGGUUAAAUGUAGUUACAGAAAUUAGUCUGUUCAAUACUCAAGAAUAUUGGACAAAUUCUAUAAGCAUUCAAGUUGGAGAGGAAAAGUUAGCCAUAAGAAAUAAAAUCAAUAGCAACAUCAUAGAUUUAUCUUCCCCAACACUAAAUGUCAGAAGGGAGGAACAUUUCUAUUGAAGGAUUUUGAAUUUUGCGGGUAAAAAAAUGACCUAAGAAUUUUACUGUGAGGCAAAUAUUUGUGACAACAUCAUAAAGACGUUAUUAAGCAGAAAGCAUAUCAUGAAUUUCUGUGUACCCAUUCUGUCCUCCAGCCAAUCUUAAAACUGUGGAAAUAGGUAAGGGGUUAAUAUAGGAGAAAUAACAGCACUACAGCCUCAAGAUCCUUUGCAAAUGAUCAUUUGUACGGUUAUGAAACAAUGUAAUGAAAAAAAUAAUUCCUCAAAUGAAAAUCUACACUGCAAAAAAAAAAAUCAAUCUACAAAAAUAAUACCCUAGCUAUUCCAAUAAAAUGUCUACUAUAGGAAGGUUCAGAGGGAUAGAAGUAUUCCAAGUCUUUUUAAUGGAAGAAGGGACAACAGGUAGGCAGGAAAAUGGGUAUCUAAAUAUAUAGUUUAAAAAUUUAGAGGCAACUGCUAGUAGAAUGAAGAUGGAAUUAUAAAUGCAUUUCAGAGAGAAAAGGGGAACAACAACAAAUGAGAACUAUUGUGAGAUAAAGGGUUUGGGUUUUUGUUUUCUAAGGUUAGCAGAAGGAAGAAGCACAUGUAAGAGAAAAACCAGGUUAAAAAUAUCACAGUGCAUCAAUUCAGAUAGUUCUCUAGCAAAGGAUAGUUAUUUUCAUGUUGUAUCAAGAGUGAACUAAAUGCUGUGUACCAGAUAUAUACCCCAAAUGAAAUGACCUAUAGAGUGUUAAAAGUAUGAUAAUUUAUAAAAUUGUAAUAGUCAAAUAUAAGCAGAUAACAAAAAGUGUUGGUGAUAUUAAUUUCAAGGGAGUUACUUUAUAUUGAUAAAUUAUUAUUCACAAUAUAAAUGAAUAAGUCAUCUCUGUUAGAUACAAAAAUAAGUUUAAAAAAGUCACUUGAAAAACAGUUCUCCUUAGGUUUCUUGAACUUCUACAUGUCUUUUGAGCAGAAAUGGUAGUUCUUUUUUUCAGACUUAUUUUGAAGGUUUUUUGUAUAGCAAGCAGUCUUGGAAGAUAGGGAUGGUAUUUAGUGUUCACUAUAAAUAAUUCAGAGUCUCUAAGCCCAGGAUUUCCACCCUGCAAAGGAUCUCACUGCAUGUGUAUGUGUCAUCCAGACUUUGUAUCACCCCGGGGGAAUUAGGGCAAAAUACUGAUAUUUUGCCUGCUGCUCUUUCUGUGAACAAUAAAUUGUGCUUCAUCUCUGA